AUGGAUGAUAGAACUUUGGUGUCUGGAAAUGGAGACGAGAAACCACAGUUUCCUCCAUUGGCUGGACAAGGUUCUAAUUACAAUCUGACUUUGGAUCGCAAUGAGGUUGAAAGCAAUUUGGGCAAUAUGAGCAAGCCUCUAAAUACUAGAAUGGCACAUUUGGAUGAGUUUCUUAAAAAUGUGAUCUCAGUUGAUCAAGAAGUGCAGCUGCUGCAACACGCUUCUUCUUCUUGUUCCUCACUACCCACUUCACUAUUUCUUGGGAAUUUCAAUUUGAAUGGACCACUAAUGAGUACUACUAAGAAGAAAAUUACUAUCGAUGAGGUAUGGAAGGAAAUUGCUCAUCAUGAUCAUCAUUCUCUCAAUCUCAAUUCUGCUGCAGCCCAUGAUUCUUUGCAUCAUCAAAGAAUGACUACUAUUGGGGAGCCAACAACAGAAACAACACCACCUGAACAUCUCCUAGUUCGAGCAGGUAUCCUAAAUGCUCAUCAAAUGAUGCCUAUUGAUCCAGAAGCCGUGGUAUCACAGCAGGCAGAUUGGUUUCAGUUCCAAGUUGCUGCUGCUGCUGCUGCUCAGCAAAUGACCAUGUUGGACUCAAAUUUCACGGUUUGUGAGUCAGUGUUUGAGAACUCAUCAUCAGCUAUGAAUCUUGAUAAUUUCUCUGAGAAUCAUCAAGUGGGUAUGUCAAUUCCGUUGCCAGAAAUAUCAGCAGCAUCAUCAUCAGAGUCUCAGGCAACUCAUGCCGAGAGGAAGCGCAAUUACUCAGAUGAAAUGAAGGAGAAAAGCAUUGAGAGGAGGCAGAAGAGGAUGAUCAAGAAUAGAGAGUCAGCAGCAAGGUCAAGGGCAAGGAAGCAGGCUUAUACCAAUCAGUUGGAGAGUAAAGUAUCUCACCUGGAAAAAAUGAAUACCUGGCUCAAAAAGCAAAAGGAGGUGGAGAUACUCUUAUCUUCAAAUCCUACUAAUUCCAUGCCUACAUACCAACUUAGGCGCACCAGUUCAGCUUCCUUUUAA